AUCACAUGUGAAAAUAUUGGGAUACUGCAUUUUUACUUCUUUCCUCGCUUUGCAGCUUAUUCUGGGACGAAUGGAGAACUAUAUGAGACUCACUGAGACCAAGUGACACACUUAGCAGUAGCGUGAGUGAGAUAAGUCAGAGAGGAUGAUUGGCCUAAUUGACAAGCCGCCUUCUAUGCUUCAAUGCAUCGCUUGCCCUUCGGAGGCUCGCCAAAUCAACCGUGCCAGCAUAAAAAGCCCGACUUCCUCAGUCUUCCCUUGCCGGACCGGCAAUUCACCGUAAAACUCCAGAAUCCAAACUCUCGGGCUAAGGUGUGACCUUUCUUAAGUCUAUCUGUGGUCGUGAUCGUCACUAUGUCGCAGUUACAACCGCCUCCUACUGGAAACAAUGAAUCAGAUAGCGAUGCAUCGCUAGUGAAGGAAGAAGUAUGUCCUGAAUGUGGAAGAACUUUUUCAGGAGGAGGAUUAAAAAGGCAUUUACGAUCUCAUGAUCCUAAACAACGAAAUUUUCCUUGCGAUAUUGACGGUUGUAAUCGAAAAGGCGCCCAGAGCUUUCGCAGAAGAGAUAAUCUAUUUCAACACCAACGUCGCGUUCACGGAGGCUUAUCACAAAUGCAGCAACAGCAAUUUCGACUUCGCGGUGCAAGUUUAGAUCAAUCAUUGAGCGACCAGAACUUGCUAUCCGACAUUGAGAGAACAGAUGGCGGGAGCGAACUCGAUGAUGUCGACAUGGUCGAGGCCUCACAAAACCCAAAUUCUGGCAAAGCUUUUACGACAGAACGAGGAUCUGCGGUGGCUAACACUCUGCUACUGCCUUCAAGCCCAAGGCUGAUUGUAACUGAAUACGACGGGAAACGGGUUGACGCUGAGCAGGAUGAGGACUUAGAGACGGACAGACGAUUGAGAAGUUUAGAGAUGCGAGUAGGACAGUUCGAAAAACGAUUGAGGUCUUUGGAAAGUUGGGCGUUUCGUUCUCAAGAUAUUUCAAGAUAGGCAAAAUGGAUAUACUGGAAAAGGGCCAUAUCUGUUCUUCUUUCUUUAUAUCCGAACCGAGUAUUACUAUUAACAUAAUCCAUGCUAUGACUUUGUUUGCUUUUACACUAGUUGCAGAAAAUCAAUAUCAUUGGUGAGCCACACGUUACUUCUCCUACGACAAGAACGG